GCUAGCUCCAUUGAUCUCUUCAAUACCACUAGGUUCAAGUAGCAGUACAUAUUCCUAAUCGACUCUCUCUCCCCCUCUCCCUACCUCUAUCUCUGUCUCUCUAUGGCCAUGCAGAUCAGCUCAACAGUUCCAGCCCAAAAUCUCGAUCUCUUUCAGGCCAGACGUGCCAGCUUCAAAUGCCAGCAAUCUACAUUAAAAUCCGCUUCAACUGUAAGUCAUUCUUUAAAAUCUGUUGGUACCGAGCUAACUAAAAAACACCUCGCAAAUCUUGAAAAACUCCUCCAAAAGCAAGUCCCCGAACCAACUAACCAAACUGUCUCGCAACCGACUCACGGAGUUUCUAAUAAGGGGUCGUUGGCCAAUAAUAGACGAAAGAAUUUAUUAGAAGAUCUUAAUUUGGCUAGAAUAUGGUCUGAAACGAGAGCAGCUGAGGAAAUGUCACCUAGACAUCUAAACAGGCUACAACGUUUGUUAUCCAAGACGGAGGAGUAUUCUCCGAGGAACCAUCUUGGUUCUCGGUGGCGAGAGUAUCACGGAAGCAAUGAUUGGGACGGGCUUCUUGAUCCACUUGAUGAGAAUCUCCGGCGAGAGGUGGUGAGAUAUGGAGAGUUUGUUCAGGCAGCUUAUCAUGCUUUUCAUUCUAAUCCCGCCAUGUCGGCAGGGAAACCCCCGUCACCCCAGCAGGUUUCACUUCCCGAUAGGUCCUACAGGGUGACGAAGAGUCUUUACGGGACUUCCUCGGUUGGAUUACCAAAGUGGGUGGACGAUGUGGCACCGGAUCUAGGGUGGAUGACCCAACAGUCUAGUUGGAUCGGUUAUGUUGCGGUGUGCGAGGACCGGAGGGAAAUCCAACGGAUGGGAAGGAGGGAUAUUGUUAUCGCAUUGCGUGGGACUUCUACAUGUCUUGAAUGGGCUGAGAAUAUGAGGGCCCAAUUAGUUGAAAUGCCCGGAGACCAUGACCCGACUGAAAUCCAACCCAAAGUGGAAUGCGGGUUCUUGAGCUUGUAUAAAACUUGUGGGGCUAAUGUGCCCAGUCUAGCCGAGUCGGUGGUUGAAGAGGUGAAAAGGCUAAUAGAGCUCUACAAGGGUGAGGACUUGAGCAUUACAGUCACGGGACACAGCCUCGGCGCAGCCUUGGCUCUAUUAGUAGGUGAUGAGUUAAGUACAUGUGCACCACAGGUGCCACCAAUCGCAGUCUUCUCCUUCGGCGGACCCCGUGUGGGCAACAAAGGUUUUGCAAACCAAAUUAAUGCCAAAAAAGUUAAGGUCUUAAGAAUUGUGAAUAACCAAGAUCUUAUCACCAGGGUCCCUGGGAUACCCAUGGUAGAAGAGCUGAACGACAACAUGCCACUGGCCUAUGCACACGUUGGCACAGAGCUACGUGUGGACACAAAGAUGUCACCGUAUCUAAAGCCCAAUGCCGACGUGGCAUGCUGCCAUGACCUGGAGGCAUACCUGCACUUGGUCGAUGGGUUCAGGGCUUCGAACUGUCCGUUCAGAGCAAAUGCAAAGAGGAGUUUAGUUAGGUUGCUAAAUGAACAGGGAUCAAAUGUGAAGAGAUUGUACACAAGUAAGGCACAAGCCUUGAGUUUGAAUUUUGAAAGGCAAGGACUGGCAGCUUCUGGCUGUUUGCCUAGUCCAUCUUGACAGACUCACCCACGGCUGCAUGUAACCUUGUUCAUAAGGAAAUGUAAAGUCAUUUUUUAAAAAGCAAAAUUGGGAAGGCAUACACUUUUGGUCCGUA